AUCCAGACUUUUAUUGGUUGAAAAUGUGCUACGUGUCAAAGUGGGCGCGGCCAGUAGAGCAGCGGAAGUCCAGCUGAGAUGUCAGAGAGAGAGAAGAGCAUCAGAGCAGCUGCGGGCAAAUAAAGUUUCUGAUGUUUUCAGUCCAAUGAAUGUCGCUCGAGUGAUUCUCGCGCUAAUAUUUUGCACAUUUUUCACAGCGUCUUACUUCACUAAUAAGUAUGUCCUGUCUGUCUUAAGGUUUACAUUUCCGACUAUAUUUCAAGGGUGGCAGACCUCCACUGGGGCUCUUUUGCUUCUGGUUACGUGGAAACUAGGCUGGGUUGAAAUCAAUGGCUUCUCCAGAUCUGCAGCUUUUUCACAGCUUCCCGGAGCCUUUUUAUUUAUCGGAAACAUUUAUGCGGGGUCCAAAGCGCUGUCACUUUUGCCCAUUCCCUUUUUCUUCGUGUUGCAAAAUGCUUCAGAAGUCUUUGUGUUUCUCAUGAUAACAGUAACUCACAGAAAAAAACCGUCAUGGAUGAAAUUAGUAAGUGUGUGUUUGCUGCUGGGAUCUGCUACAGGCCUUAUUCUGUACAAUCCUCGGUUUGGUCCCAGUGGCUACACCUGGGGCUCCAUCCAUCUGUUCUGUGUUGGUGCAUAUAAAGUAUUUCAGAAGAGCACAAAGUCAAGCCAUCUGAGUGAUUUUGAAGAGCAGCUCAUCAACAAUGUGACCAGUGUGCUAUUACUUGGCUUUUCUGCAUACUCAACAGGCGAUCUGUCCGGUGCCUUAGAUUUCCCUCUCCUCACCUCAUACAGUUUUCAUACUGGCUGUCUGGGCAGGUAAAUAAACAUUCAGUGAGAAUCGUUGUGA